AUGUAUUCCCUCUUUAAACUCUUUCUAGUGGCUUUCCCAUUGAUCACCCUGGUUGGUGCUCACUCGCCCUCGCGAUACCUCCCUAUCACUGUUGGUAGCCGAUCUACCGACAAAACCUACACGAUUCAAGACUUUUAUCAGGGGACAGAUUUCUUCAAUGACUGGGACUUCUUUACUGGCUCGGACCCCACUGGUGGCAACGUCAACUACCAAAAUAAAUCUUCCGCAGAGUCUAAGAAACUUGCGUAUGUCAAUGACUCCGCGACGGUCCUUGCAAUUGAUUCAACCAGCAAGGUUGCUGCCGGCGGCUACCGUGACGCUGUUCGUAUCACAUCUCAGAAGAGCUACAAUGGUGGUCUCUUUAUCAUGGACGCCUCCAAAAUGCCCGUCGGCUGUUCUACGUGGCCAAGUUUUUGGACCGUUGGUCCAGACUGGCCCUACGGGGGCGAAAUCGACAUUGUCGAGGGUAUCAAUGACCAGACGAAAAAUCAGAUGACCCUUCAUAGUGGCACAGAUAACGCAUGCACAAUCGAUACGGAUGAUUCGGAUCAGUAUACAGGCUCUGUCCUGAACACCAAAUGUUACAGCACCGAGACCUCGGACUCAGGCUGCAGCAUCUUGGACGCCAGCACAACGUCUUUUGCGUAUGGCUUCAAUAACGCAGAUGGCGGUGUCUUUGCGCUUCUGUGGGACAACUCCACUGGGAUGUCAAUGUGGCAUUUCGCUCGCGCUGACAUCCCUUCAGAUCUCACUGACAAAUCACCCACGCCUUCCACAUGGGGCACCCCAUCUGGUUUCUGGUCUGCAAAAACCUGCGACAUAACAGACAACUUCUACGACCAGCAGAUGGUCAUUGACACUACUAUCUGCGGCAACUGGGCAAGUGGUGCUUACUCCAAAUCUGGAUGCCCCGGAAACUGCACAGAUAUGGUCGCCAAUGCUACUAACUACGUUGAUGCUAAGUGGGUCAUCAACUACGUUGCUGUCUAUGAGUAGACAUCUGCUUCAAUCGUUUAUUUACAUUUUUCUUGAUCGUCUCUUGGGGUGGGGCCCUAUGUUAGACUUAGACAUUACACGCUGGAUAUUUGUCCGUGCUAUUAUCAGU